AUGAUUUUCAAGCUGUUUAAUGGCGUAGGUGAAGCAGGAGAUAUAGGUAUUGCAUUGCUGGUUAGUUUCAUAUUACUUGUCCUCUCUUUGCGCGGUUCAGCAAUCUAUAUUCUGCGUAUCAUGCGUGGUAAGGGGACAUUCAUAUUGACAUCUACUGCUGCCACCAGCGAUAUGAAGAUAACAGGGAACCAUGUGCGCUAUGCGCCCAACCGGCUACUAAUCAACACGGCAGGGGCUGUCCAAGAUAUAUACGGUCAUCACGCUCCCGUCAAGAAAUACGUGAACUACCGGGUGCUGGCGCAACAGGCACCUAAUAUCCUCACGAUGCAAAAUAAACUCCAGCAUAGCCGCCGACGCCGGGUUCUGAGCCAGAGAUUCUCCGCCCGCAGUCUUGAAUCGUGGCAGCCCAGGAUCGUCUCUCAGCUUGAUCGACUAUCCCAGGUCAUACGCGGAUGCUUGAUCACGACGCCCUCUUCAAUGGAGGAUGGAUUGACGACGCCUCUUGACAUGGCACGCACCUGCAAUCACUUCGACACUCUCCGAUCGUCGAACUAUCGCUAUGUGAUUGAGGCAAUCUCCGCGUCGAGCAUUCGACUCAGCGUGCUUCUGCAAGCGCAAGAACUGGCGACAGGUAACCUGGACGGCCGAUUAUUUCCCUCGUCCAUCGCUGGUCGCAGGCAAUCUGUUCGAAUUAUCCGAGAACUCCUGGGGACGCGGCUGCGUGGCCUUGACAAGGGUGGGGACCUGUUUGCCUUCUUACAGCAAUGCAAGGACCCUGCCGCAGGCGAGGGUCUGGGCCUGACGGAAUUGAGCACGGAGACUGCCACCUUUAUUAUUGCUGGAUCUGAUACGUCAUCAACCACCAUGGCUGCCGUAUGCCACUACGUGACCGGCUCUUCUGAAUCAUCUGCCUCGCUGACAGAUAUCCGCCUGGAACCAACCUUGAAUUCGUGUGUGUUUCUGCGGGCCUGCGUUGAUGAAGCCUUACGCCUCUCGCCACCGGCAGCCAGUGCUCUCUGGCGGGAAGUUGAGGACGGAGGCGCCUCCAUCGACGGACACUGGCUUCCCCGGGGCUGUGAUGUCGGGGUAGGAAUCUACAGCAUUCAUCACCACGUCACCGAGUGGCCAAAGCCCUUUCAGUUCAAUCCUGACCGGUGGCUGGAGGGUCGGGGACUCAGGAAGUCGACGGCCGCACGUACAUGCCCUUCUCGAUCGGGGCCCAGAGCUGUGAUGCUCACCAUGGCCCGUCUAUUCUGGGAAUUUGACAUGUGGAGGCUGGAUCGAAAUGACAGCGAAGCCAAGGAUAUUGGGUAUGUGGUGGCGGAUCUUGUUACGGCCGGGGGUCAGGGUCCCAUGUUGUCUUUCCGACCGCGGAUUUGA